AUAAAAAUGUCCAAAUAUGGUGGAGCUGCAGUAAUGUGUGUUCGAUGCAACAAGGCAGUAUACUUUCAAGAGCAGAUGGUUGCUCCUGGAGGAACAUGGCACAAAAACUGUCUUACCUGUACGGAAUGCAACAAGCGUCUUGACUCGACCAAUAUCUCUGAAAAUAACAAGCAGGUUUAUUGCAAGACUUGCCAUGGCCGCAUGUUUGGUCCAAAAGGGUAUGGGUUUGGAGGUGGUGCAGGUGUUUUAAGCAUGGAUACCAAACCUUCAAUGGUAACUGCCACUUCUCAGUCACGCAUUACUGGCAAAUCUGAAGCAAAUAUGUCUGCCUCGACGGACAUUCCAAACACAGACUCAUCUCAAACGGCCUAUGUUGCAUCAUCUGCUACAGCAGGCGAUGAAAAAGUCUACUCGGCCAACACAUCCAGUCUUCGGUCGGCUUAUGAAGGUGCCACGACAGGAAGCAGUGCUGUUAAUCAUGCUCCUCGACCAGCUAGUGCAGCAGCAUCCAAGUAUGGUGGUGCUGAAAAAUGCACAAGAUGCACCAAGGCAGUCUAUUUUGCUGAGCAGGUGAUUGGUCCAGGAAACCUUAAAUACCACAAGACAUGUUUCAAGUGCUCUUCCUGCAACAAGCAGCUUGAUACCGGCUCAGUUUCCAGCAAGGACGUCGCUAUAUUCUGCAAACCGUGUCAUGGUCGACAAUUUGGACCCAAAGGCUAUGGCUUUGGUGGUGGUGCUGGAGUUUUGAGUACUGAAGGAUUUUGAGCAAAUGAAUACUUAUUUAAA